UGUUGUAAGGCCUUAAUAUUCGUUUUGCAAAACCAAACGAGCCCAGUCAUCUAACGACGGAGAGAGCUCUUAGUUACGUCGUGACGUAAGAGGAAGUCAAACUGAGGCGGUCGGACGUAAGCGUCUUUGAAAACUUUGAGAAAGCUUUGUCGUUUUCCGUGCAAUAUGCCCCUUACAAUGAAACAUACAUCCUGUACAAACGCGUUAUGAGAUAGUAACUGCACAUGCUUAUUUUUAAGACAAAAUGAACCAAGAGCAUGUCUCAAUUUGCCAACUUAUUGGUUGCUAGCUCUAGCAUAUUUUUAGCACUAGCCUACUAGCUAACAUGGAGACACAGCCAGUGCAACAAGUAAGGACUAGUAUACAAUCUUUGUUCUGAUUGCUAACAAGUCCACAACACAUACAGCUAAACAUGGACUGCUCAGAUCAAGAAGACUUCGUUGACCUCUGCUCCAAGCUGCUAAAGCGAGUACGUAAACAGGUGGGUGACCCCGGAGAGCAGAGGAACGCGGAGUCCCAGCACGUCAUCACACAGACCAGAGCCACAGACCUCCCCAAGAGAAGGCGGAGGAAGAACGAUGUCGAGACGGCAAGCACAAGCAAGGCCACCGCGCAAACCGAUUGCCCAACCGCUGCUUCCGAACCUAGCCUGGUUGACGGGAACACAGCCCAUCAAAAGCAACCCCUUAAAAACGGCGGAGCGGAUCUCUGCGUUGACGUAAGCGGUCCAUCGGUGUCCGUUGCGGAUGACGAGGCCGCUGAGAAUGGGCUGGGGGCUGCACAGAAGGUGGUUCGGAGAAUGCAGCAGUUCAAGAGAUGCAGUCCUCAGAAACUGAGCCACAGUGAGAUGAACCAGUCUUCCGAGACCAGACAGCAUCACCACAGUGUUCCUACUCUCCUGCCUCUAUGUCAAGACCCCCAUGAGAGCGACCAGGCCCUGGCUGUGAGGCUGCAGGAGGAGCUGGACAGGGAGGCCCGGGCACAGCUCCUCCCCAGAAGAGGCCUGGGGGUCCACCUGGAGGAGGGAGGCCUGUUCCUCUGUCAGCUCUGUCACCGUGACCUGUCCCACAUGAGCCCUGCUGGACGCACGCAGCACACCAACAGGUGUCUGGACGAGAGUGAGGACAGCGCCCCCAGUGCUCCAACCCCGGCCCCUCCCCCUCCCCCCGCCAUCCCAGAAUGCCCUAUCUGCGGGAAGGUCUUCAAGACCCUGAAGAGUCGCUCCGCCCACCUGAAGCGUUGCUCCUCCCACAUGGGCGUGGCCCCGGCCGUGCUUCUGCAGGCCCUACAGAGACAGGCUGCCGAGGCGCCGAGUGACGGUUCAGCCAGCCAAUCAGUGCAGACUGGCGGCUCCAAGAGGAAAGGCCCCAAGUCAGACCCCAGCCUCCCAGUGAGGAAGAAGCCCAGGAAGAGAGCCCCCAACCUGGAUGAGGACACCAUGGUGGCCCUGGCCCUCUCCUCCUCCCUCCUGGAGCGGGAGAGGGAGGUGGAGAGGGAGAUGGAGAGGGAGGUGGAGAGGGAAGUGAUUUCGGCUGUGCCUCCUGGUUCUGUGGCUGCUCUGUUGAGGUGGCGAGCCCACGAAGCGGCGGGACGCGGGGGCAAGAGGAGGAGGAAGAAGGGCUCGGCCCCCCGCCCCCCGCCCCUCCUCCUGGUCCAGGACCCCGACACGGCCCUGAGGAGGCUCCAAGACAGGGUGGCCGCCCUCCUGGUCCGCACCCGCGCCCCCUCCCCCCCGACCCCCACCCUGCGCCCCAGCUCCCUGCCCGCCUGGUGCUUCGCAGGGGGCGGGGACGGAGGAGGAGGAGGCGCCCCCCUGUGGAGGAAGAGCGCUCUGCGGGACGGAGGACCCGGCUGCCCGGCAGAGUUCUACACUGCUGAGCUGAUGGAGUUCAUCUCUCCGCCCGAGUCGACACAGCCUGAGGCGGCCAGCUCGGAUCCAUCCACCACCGCCUCCUCAAACAGAGUGGGAACCCCCCUCUUCCCCUACACCUCCCAGACAGGCCCCUCUCCUUCCCUGUCCACCCCAGGAAGCAGCACCCAGGCUUGGGCAGGGCUAGCACCAGGCGGGGGGUCCCUCCCUGUGGGCAGCCAGGCCCUGGCUGACCUGCUGGAACUGGCAGAGGAGGGCAUGACCCUCACCCAGUGGGGCUACUCCAGCUCUGGGAAAGGGAAAGACAGCAACGUCGCCCCCGAGGCUGACCUAUGCAUGAGCGGCUUCAUCCCAGACGACGCACACUCUCAGAGGGACGACACAUGCACUGGAAGACCCAGGGACACGCAAGCCCACGGGCCUCAGCGAAGGGACGUCCACACAGCGUGCCGACCUUCGGUGGCGCUGUCCAGACUGGACUCAGACUUGGGCAGCAUGGUGAACAACCCCCAACUCAGUGACGUGCAGCUCCAGGUGGACGAUGGCGAGGUGUUCUUCGCCCAUUCGUUCAUGCUGUACGCACGCUGCCCCCUGCUGGCCCAGAUGGUCCAUGACAGUGGGUUCGGGGUGCAGGAGGAGGGCGUGCCGGCGGCCCGGCGGGUGCUGCUGACGGAGGUGGCCGGCCCGGCCGUGGAAGUCCUGCUCCGCUACCUCUACACCGCCCACUGCCCCCUCACUCCCAGCCUGCUGCCCCACCUCCAGGAGCUGGCCUGCAGGCUGGACCUGCCGGAGCUACUGCAGCUGUGCCGGGAUCACCCAGGACCCACAGAGAACCAGGGAGAGAGCCAGGGAGAGGGGCGAGCCUGGCAAGACAACCCAGACCAGGAGCUUCCGUCCGUGGCGGAGAACGGCGGAGACCAGGCCUUCAUGGAGCUCCUUCGCUCCAUGUGGAACGAGGAGGAGGAUGGUGGUGGUGGUGAUGAAGGGGGGGCUGGAGACAGAGGAGAGGAAGGAGGGAUGAUGACGGAUGAAGAGCACAGAGGGGAGGGCGUGACCCUGGAGGACGGCGAGACGCGCGAAGAAGAAGAAGAGAGAGUGAACGAGGAGGAGAUGGAAGAGAUCUAUGAGUUUGCCGCCACUCAGAGGAAGAGGGCGGAGGCGAAGGAGAGCCCAGGAGAGGAGGGGGAGGCAGAGGAGGAGAGAGGGGAGAGAGAGGAGGAGAGAGAGGAGGCAGGAAGGAACGCAGGAACAACAGACACGGAGACAGCAGCCCGAGCGAAUGUUUCAGGAACGGAGAAUAUCUCAUCCGCCGUGCCAGACCUCGACCUCGACCGGAGCUACAGCCGCCUCUUCUCCGACUCCUGGGGGGUCUACGAAGACGACGACCCCCCUCCACAGCCCCCUAGGUCCCAACCCCCUGGUUGCUCCUCCCCCUCUCCCAGAACCCCUCCCUCCCAGCCUCCCAGAGCUGGGCUCAGGCAGACAGAGACUCCCUGUCUCCCCUCCUCCAUCAGCGAGGUCAUCGACCUGUCCGUCAGUCCUCCGGCCGGCGUUCCCUGCAUCCCCAUGCCCGGGCUGUCCCCAGGGGAGAUAAGCCGUGCUGGGGCAAGGAGAGGCCCCUCUGAGGGGGUGGGAGCUGGAGAGGGCAGAGAAGAAGAAGAAAGAGGAGGGCGAGAUCACGUGGCUGUUCAUGGGGGUGUAUCCCAGGAAAGGGUUGGUUCUGGUGAAGAGAGGCUGUCUCCAAAGAGAACGGCGCAGGGCCCUCGCAGUGCGAGCCUGCCUCGCUCGCCCCCUCCUUCCAGAGCCAGCAGAGAACCAGAGUUGAUCGUUCUGUCUGACUCGAGUGAGGAGAUGGAGGUGGACCCCCCCCUAGGGAUCCCCCCCAGCUCCCCUCCACCUCCUCCACCUCCUCUCCCCACCCAGAGCCAGCAGGACUUCACCCAGAUCAGACCCAGAGCGGAACCCAACAGUUUGGACGGAAAGGAGAAAAGCGCUUGUGUGCGUGGACCCAGCGCAUCGUCACCCCCUGACGGCCGUCUAGACGGGCCUGGUCCUGAUCCUGUGGACCACAGCCCCACGAUGGACUUCUCUCCAGAGGUGUCCUGGUUGAUCCCGGCCACUCCGCUCCAGCCCAGGACGAGCUCCAGCUCCACCCAGACCCAGAGCAGCAUGCGUCGCACUCGACUCUUCCCCAAAACCCGCUCAUCUUCAUCCUCAUCAUCGUCUUCCAGGAGCAGUAACCUCCAGACUUCCAUCGACCCGCCCCAAGCCUCCACGCACCCUGCCCAGACAGAAGGCCUCGUGUCCGGGGUGACGUCCCGGGAAUCUGCCCCCCAAAUUCCCAGCCUGGAUCUUGACCUCUCACCAAAGAGACGCAGCGCGGUCGGUCGGGACACAACGGACGACUCCUCCAACCCCUCCACCAAGGCAACCCCUCUCCACAGCCUCCCCCAGCCUCACAGCAGCACUCCCCUGCACCCGGAUCCACCCGAGCCCCCUGCUCUGCCCUCGGCCUCCCCUCUGCUCUGUGGGGGCGGCGGGAGACAUGCAGGGUGGCCACGAGGCAGGGCGGACAGCCAGAGCCCUGGGAGGACGGGGCUGGGGCCCCUGCGCCUCUCCCUCUCCGACUGCCCCUCCUCCCCCCGUAUGGGGUCUCCCAGCGGGGGCCCUGACCAACGCAGACCCCCCACUGAGUCCGGCGAUGCUAGCAGUUCGGGGAGUAGAAGGAUGGAAAUGGAGGGACGGAAGGAGACGAGACAAGGGCGAAGGAGAGAGGAGGAGAGGAGGUUAACCAGCCGUGGAGGAGAGGAGGAGGACGAAGAAGGGAUGGAGGUGGAAGAGGAAGAGAUGGAGGUGUCUGGGGGCUGCAGCUUCCGUCAAAGCUCCAUGGCGAUGGACGAGCCCCCGAUGGCGUUUGAGGACUCGUGGGGGCUGAACGCCUGGGAGGGGCAGGGGGAACAGGAGGGGUGUUUCAGCCUGAGAAUGGACACCACGGGAGCCCAGUCCUCCCUCAGCCCUCCCCCUCCGUCACCCCCAAUGAUCCCUCCAUCCCCCUCUCCUUCUCCUCCGCCCAUCACUCACGUCCACCCAGCCUCCCCCGUCCCUUCUACCUCGAGCACCGCCCGCACCCUCGCCAUCCGUCCUUCCUCCUCCUCCUCUUCUCUUCCACCCUCUGCCCACGCCGGGCCCGAGCUAGGAGCCAGCCUCCUGGGCUCCAGGAUGUGGUCUGACUGGGAGGAGGAGGAGGCUGGCCCUCUCUCCCAGAGGGUCACCACCGUCGCCCCGGCUCAGAGAGUCGACCAGCUCAAAACCCCAGUGGCGUCCCGUAGGAGAGGGCAGCUCCCCCUGGUGGCCAUCACCCCACUGCCCAGCUACUCUGACAUGGACACUCCUGACCUCAAGAACAAGCUCAACAGGUUUGGAGUGCGUCCUCUCCCCAAGCGCCAGAUGAUCCUCAAGCUGAAGGAGAUCCACCAGUACACCCAUCAGGUGGUCAGCUCCGAGUCCGACGACGAGGCUCCUCCUCUGGGCAGGGCCCCUCAGACGAGGCCUCUGCCUAGUUCCACGGCCUCCGGGAGGCCAGCGUCCUCGGGGGGUUUUAAGCAGCCUGGGGCGCCCCCUGCUGCCUCUCCUGUGAAGCAGGGCAGGAGGGAGGAACAUGAGGCUCUCUCUGCAUCCCAAGGCUCCUCCACAUCCUCCACUGCUGCCAGUGAAGACUCAGAGAGGUCGAACCCAGAGCUGUGCCCUCUCUCUGACGACGACGGCUCGGAUGGUGACAUCACUCCCUCGCAGGCCUCCUCCCUCCUCCAGGACCGGCUCCAGGCGGCGCGGAGCUUCAUCCUGUCCGACCCGGAGCUCUACGGCCGGGUCCUGCAGUACCAGCCGCUGGGCCUGGCCCUGCUCCAGGCUCGCCUCAAGGAGGCUGGCAUCACGCUGGGCACUGCCAAGCUCAUGGACUUCCUGGACGCCAACUGCAUCACCUUCACCACCGCCAAGCCGGGCAAGGGCAGCAGGCAGCGGAGACGAGGAGGAGGAGGGGUGGGGAGAGGAAGAGGAGGGAGGAGGAAGAAAGACGUAGCGCCGACAGUGAUGGAGUGAUGAAGGCAGAGCGGUCGUGGGUCUGCCUGCAUGAACUGGUGAAAGUGUAGGUGACGAGCAAGAGACUGAAUACCAAAAGCGUGGUGGGAAAUAUUGUAUUUUGCUGCUGUUUGGUACAUCCGUGUUCAUUUAAAAUGUUUGCAUUCACUGCGUUGAUGGAAUUCUGAAAUUAAAUGAUGUGUUAAUGAGUACCUUGACCUUGAGAAGGGUGAUGUUGGAGUUGUGUUUCACAUUCACAUGCUUAUUCAAGGCCAACAAUAAAGGAAAAUACUGUUGCUUAAUAUAAAAAGACAAUUUUCAGGAAUAAUUCC